UCUUUGACAGCUUUACAUGCGCCUCUUUUUCACGAAAUCAGAUAUUGUUAAAUUUGUCUUUUUGUCACCUUUACAUGCGCCUCUUUUUCACGAAAUCACAUUGAUUAUAUCUUUCUCUGCCUCCCAAUCCCUUUGUUUCUUCGCCGAUUCAGAUUUGGUAAAUGAUGGAAAAGUUGCCGGCUAAAGGUGAUGCCGCAGGUGAUGACUGGGGUGAUACCCACCACGAUGACGUCACGAAAAUCUUCGUGGGAGGUGGCCGUGAAGGUAUACAGCACGUCAGUUUUGAAUAUGUUAAAGAUGGCAUUCCAAAAUUUGGACUUAUCCAUAAGAAGUCUCGUGGUGGAUUCAUUCAAACGUUUGAGAUAAACCAUCGCAGUGGUGAAUUUCUUGAAUCCGUUGAAGGCUCCUACAAUGCAGAUGGUGCAAUUCAAGGUCUGCAGUUUUUUACAAACUUCAGACCCUCCGGAGUUAUAGGAUAUGACGGUGCUAUAAAAUUUUCACUGAAAUCCAACGGUAAGAAGAUUGUUGGAUUUCACGGCUCUGCCACUGACACAGAGCUCAGGUCUCUUGGAGUUUAUUGUUUAGUGAUCUGUCCAACCAAAAUGGUAGCACUAGGAGCAGAAGGUAACAUUGGAGAGCAAUGGGAUGAUGGAGGAGACCAUGAUAGUGUGUCAAAGGUUUCCGUCCAUGGUGGAUAUUCUGGCAUAAAUUGCAUCAGCUUUGAAUAUGUCAAGAAUGGGGAAAAAGAAGAAAGCUUGGUCCAUGGCCUUCGGGAUGAAGGCUUUACACAGACUGUUGAGUUGGAUUAUCUUAAUGGUGAACAGAUAAUCUCUGUAAGUGGUUAUUACGACCCAGACACUACUGUGAUUCAAGCAUUGACUUUCCAUACCAACAAGAAGACUUCCGAUCUAAUGGGGCACAGAAAAGGUUCUCAGUUUUCAAUUAAGUGCGAAGACCAUUACAGACUUCUAGGGUUUCAUGGCAGCUCAGGCAAAAACCUUCAUUCCCUUGGAGCGUACGCUGUUCAGAAGCGAAUUAGGAGACUGGAAGCUGUAGGAGAAUCUUCUCAAGGCAAUUUAUGGGACGAUGGCCCUGAUCACAGGGGGAUUAAGAGCAUACAUGUUUUUGGUCGUAUUGACUCUCUAGUUGGGUCAAUAAAAUUUGUUUAUGACAAAGGAAGUGAGUCAGUAAUUGGUGAGCACGGUGACAUGGGCAGAACUGAAGCAAAAGAGUUUGCGCUGGAUGAGGAUGAAUAUAUCACAUCUGUUAACGUGAGCUACGGAAUCCAGGGCGGUUGCACUGUGGCUAUCACUUCCUUGGUUUUCAAGACCUCAAAAGAGAGAAGCUCUGAGAUAUUUGGAAAGGUGUCUGGAGAAAGUUUCACAUUUGAGAGUGACGGUAAUGCUAUUGUUGGGUUCCAUGGGAGGUCUUCUGAUGCUGCUCUUUUAGCUAUCGGAGCAUAUUUUGCUCCUCCUCCUCAUGUUGCUGCUGCGACAAGUACCUAUGCCUUUAACUGGAAAAGGAUCACUACAAAAUUGCGGAAAUCAAUGGAAAAUCCAGCAACCUGCUUCAGCGGAUUGGGGUCCAUGUUCUGCAUCCUUUAAGGAUAUUUUUCUCUACUACGUAUUGUGUGUUUCCUAUGUUUUUUUUUGGCGUUGUACUACGACGAACCUUUUCUAGAUUUAAAUUCAACUACUUCUUCUUCUGCCUCUAAUUUAAUUCAACUAUUUCUUCUGCG